AUGGCGACAACACCAACACCAAACUCUAACCCCCCAGGAUUCUUGUACUGGGCCCCCCGCGUCUCCCUCGGCGCUCUCGCCGUCGCCUUCCUCAUCCACCUCAACCACCCCGCCUCCUCCUUCUCCCUUUUCACUCCCAGUGGCGCCCCCUCCUCCUCUUCCGCCGACUCCAGCAUUACAGCAAAAACCUACUGCUACACCUCCGUCCUCACCGAAGCCGGCAGUCACAAGCAAGCCGACUGCUUCUCCAUUUCCCCCGACGGCAAGUUCACCAAGGUGUUCCACUCGGCCGAGGACGUCUUGAUUGUGGGCGAUAACGACUACAACGACGAUGGGGGAAGCAAUUUGGCGGUGGAGACGAAGGAGGGAUACGUGAUCCCGGGCAUCUGGGAUGGUCAUGGACAUCUGAUUCAGUAUGGAGAGUUUUUGCAUUCGGUGGAUCUGUUUGGGGCGAAGAGUGCGGAGGAGGUUAGAAAGGGUGAGGGGAUGGUUUUGGGAGAGAUGCCUAGUGCUGCCAUGCUCGAGUCUGACCCAGCUUUGAAGGGUAAAUACAUCAUGCUUGACCGAGUCGACGUGCACUGCACUUGGGUCUCGCAAGCCAUCCUAGACAUGAUCCCUCCCGAGUCUCUGCCGGAGGACGUCCCCGGCGGCGAGAUCAUCCGGGAACCGGGCAUGGGCGUCUUCUGCGACAACGCUAUGGACAUCAUCACCUCGCUGUGGCCCAAGCCCGACGCCGAGCGCAAGAAGACCUUCCUCAAGUCGGCCAUGAAGGAACUGCACAAGGUUGGUCUAGUCGGCAUGAACGAUGCCGGCGUGACGCCGACGGACCUGAAGGUGUUCGAGGAAGCCAGCAAAAACGAAGACUGGUGGACCCUCCGCGUCUACGCCAUGAUCGAGUGCGGCGAGCGCAACGCCUUCUGCCCGUUCGAGGCCAAUGCUGUCAAGACCAUCCACGAAGACGGCAUGCUCACCAUCCGCAGCGUCAAGCUCUUCGCCGACGGCGCCCUGGGAUCCUGGGGCAGCGCCAUGAUUGACCCCUAUUCCGACAAACCCUCCACGCGCGGCUCCCUCCUCGUCAACGGCUCCACCUUGGAAUCUCUCGCCCGCUCCUGGUCCAACGCUGGGUACCAAGUCAACAUCCACGCCAUCGGCGACCUAGCCAACCGCUACGCCAUUGACGCGCUCGAGGCCGCUCUCAGAGACGCUUGCCCCGAGGGCACGUCGCUCAGAGACUGCCAGAACGCCUCGCACCGCUUCCGCAUCGAACACAGCCAAAUCAUCCACCCAGACGACCAGGCCCGCAUCCGCGACCUGGGCAUCAUCCCCUCCAUCCAGCCCACGCACGCCACCUCGGACAUGGCCUACGCCGAGUCGCGCCUCGGACUCAACCGCACCGCCACCGAAGCCUACCGCAUGCGUUCCCUCAUCCACGACCUCAACGUCCAGCCCGUUCUGGGAUCCGAUUUCCCCGUCGAGCCGCCUAACCCGUUCGAGGGCAUGUACGCGGCCGUUACUCGCAAGAACCCACACACGGGCAAGAACGCCAACGGCGGAGAUGAGGGUUGGUACACGAAGGAGGCGUUGAGCCUCGACGAAGCGCUGAGCGGGUUCACCAAGGGCGUUGCCGGUGGUAUGUUUACCGAGGGAAAAACGGGAGUUAUCAGGGAGGGCGCGUUUGCGGAUUGGGUGGUGCUCGAUGAGCCGUUGGAGGUGUUGGCUGCUAGCGAGGGUGAUAACUGGGAGGGACUGAGGAAGAUCCAAGUGAGGGAGACUUGGGUUGGGGGCCGGAAGGUGUAUGAUCGGGAGGAGGAGAAGCUGAAGAAGGUGGCGGCGGUGGGUGGGGAGGAGGUUCCGGAGGAUCUCUGA